UCCUCGCAUUCACUUCACGAAUUCACGAUUUGGUGGUAGCGGCGCCGCGCCGGUCAGACGCCGCCGGCUACGGCGGAGCAAGACAAAGCCCUUUACGGCUUCGCCUCUCCUAGUGUCUGUCCCACGGUGAGGCGGCGAGUCGCUGGGAUUAGCGACGAGCUCGGUCACAGCGGAGUCGGCGGGUGCCCGUAGCGAAAUGGGUGGCUCUCGCCACACCUGGUUGGAGGCACGCAAGGUGUUUGUAAGAAUGCUUAACAGUGGAGGUUGUGCCGCUGACGUCCCGGUGGACGCCUCCGACCCUGCCAAGCGCCUCUGCAAGCUCAUCAUCUCCUGCCGGAAGGCCUCCGCGCUCGAGCACGAGCUAAACCACAGCGGCAUCCGCGUCACGCCGGAGGUAGCGGAGCGCGUCCUGGCGCGCCUCGACAACGCCGGCAUGCUCGCGUACCGCUUCUUCGAGUGGACGCGCAGGCAGAAGAGGGGAGGGUGCGCCCACACCGUCCGCUCCUACCACACGGUGGUCGCGUCCCUCGCCAAGAUCAGGCAGUACCAGCUCAUGUGGGACGUCGUGGGCGUCAUGCGCCGGGAAGGCGUGGCCAAUGUCGAGACAUUCGGCAUCAUCAUGCGCAAGUAUGCACGAGCGCAGAAGGUUGACGAGGCGGUUUACACGUUCAACAUUAUGGAGAAGUAUGGCGUGGUCCCCAACCUCGCUGCGUUCAACAGCUUGCUCGGCGCACUGUGCAAGUCGAAGAACGUGCGCAAGGCGCAGGAGAUCUUUGACAAGAUCGAUGGUCAAUUCACUCCUGACGCCAAGACCUAUAGCAUUUUGCUUGAGGGCUGGGGGAGAGCACCCAAUCUCCCAAAGAUGCGAGAGGUCUACAGUGAGAUGCUUGACGCUGGUUGCCAACCUGACAUCGUCACGUAUGGCAUCAUGGUUGAUGCACUCUGCAAGACAGGCCGUGUUGAGGAGGCUGUCCAUGUUGUGCAGGACAUGGGCUCUAGAGGGUGCCAACCGACAACCUUCAUAUACAGUGUGUUAGUGCAUACUUACGGCGUUGAGAUGAGGAUCGAGGAUGCUGUCGCAACAUUUUUGGAUAUGGAGAAGGAUGGGAUUGUGCCUGAUGUUGUUGUGUACAAUGCACUCGUCACCGCCUUCUGCAAAGUGAAAAAAUUUGAUAAUGCAUUUAGAGUCAUCGAUGACAUGGAAGGCCAUGGAAUCACCCCGAACUCAAGGACCUGGAACAUCAUCCUAAACAGUCUGAUUAGCCUUGGGAAGGAUGAUGAGGCAUACAGGGUCUUUCGCAGAAUGAUCAGGCACUGCCAACCAGACUCUGAUACUUACACCAUGAUGAUAAAGAUGUUCUGUGAGAAUGAUAAGGUAGAGAUGGCACUGAAGGUAUGGAAGUAUAUGGGGUUGAAGCAGUUUCUGCCGAGCAUGCAUACAUUCUCCGUGCUGAUCAAUGGGCUGUGUGACAAGGGUGAGGUUAGCCAAGCUUGUGUUCUGCUUGAAGAUAUGAUAGAGAAAGGCAUUAGACCUCCUGGUUCGACAUUUGGCAAGCUGAGGCAGCUGCUUCUGAAAGAAGGAAGGAAGGAAGUGGUUGACUUUCUUGUUGAGAAAAUGAAGAUCCUCAUUCAAGAACCUUUGUUUGAUUGAUCAUUCACCUCAUCUAAUGGGUUCAUGCAUUGUAAAGUGCCACUCUAGCAUAUGCAGCUUAUAUUUAGGCAUUAUGGGUGAAUGCUCCCGGUUGUAGGAUGACAGGAGGCCCAACUAAGCCCUGGCCUUGUUAUUAACGUCUCACUCAUUCAUCACUAUCAAACAUCGCAUGCCCGAAAUGCUGAAGUGCUGAGAGGAUAGCUCUUUGGCAACAUGUUGUAUUGUAGUAAGCCUGAGACUUGAGUCCUGUAAAAGAGAUGAACUACAUGUGGUCAGUGGAUCCAGAGGAGCUGUCAGGCGCAAGAACCCUGCAAGAACCGGUGUCAAGCACGAGUGUGCAUCUUCUGAACUCAAAAGCUUUCGUGAGUACUUUGAUCUAUAAAAUGGGCACUGCGUAUAACAAGGAGGUGCUUGAGUAUGAAUGUAAUGGUUGGAGCAAGUGAGCAACGGUUGCAAAGAUAAUUAAGUCUUGACUGCUAUGUAGUUCGAGCUCCAUGAAAGUGUGGAACGAUGCUGUUGAAGAUGUUUCUUUCCAAAAGGAGACGUUUAAGAAGAAGGUGAAGGAAAUUACUGAGCUCAUGAAGGCUUUGGACAGCGUGUUCGGUGUUCCUGUGCUGAUAAGAAAGGUAAAAACAAGUGACUUGCUAAUGUUUUUUUCUACUGAAUUGAAAUGUCCAUGUUACAUGUGACCUUAGCCAAUAUCAUGUUCUCUCUCUCUCACUCUCUUUUGUAAAAAAGCGACAUUUUCCUUUGUAAAGCUGGAUGAAAGAUGUAGCAAGGUGAGUUACGUUUACCGAACAAGAAGGUAUUUCAUGCGACAAA